ACUAUCUAUAUACAUCUAUCUAUUUCUAUUCUCUACAAAAUUCUCUAUAUCUCUUGAAACAUGAGAAACAAAACAGGCAAAUACAAUAUUACCUCCAAGCCAAUUCUUCUAACCAUUUUCAUUGUUCUUGUUUUCCUAUUAGUAAUCUUUCUUCGAUCAUCUUCAUUACCACAAUCUCAUCAAAUUUCAUCCGUUACAUCCGAUGUUAACACACAAACCAAACCAAUAUCAUGCCCUCCUAUCGAAAACCAAUUACCCGCAACUUCACAUACAUGUAACAAACUCCCAACAGCCACGGCCGAGACACUUGUACAUUAUGUUACGUCUAACAUAACGCCACAACAAACUUACAAGGAGAUUUCGGUCAGUUUGAGAGUUCUGACCAAGAAAUCUCCUUGUAAUUUUUUGGUUUUUGGGCUGGGCUAUGACAGCCCGAUGUGGGCCACCCUGAACCAGGGUGGUCGUACUGUGUUUCUUGAAGAAGAUAAGUCAUGGAUCCAACAAAUUCAAGGGAAAUUUCCAAAUUUGGAAUCGUACCAUGUUGUGUACGAUACCAAGGUGACACAUUCGUCAGAUUUGAUGGAAAUCGGUAAACAAGGGCAGUGUAAGAGGGUUGGAGAUCCAAGGGAAUCCGAAUGCGAGUUGUCCAUGAAACGAAACUUGCCGGAUGAAGUGUACGAUGUGGAAUGGGAUGCGAUAAUGGUGGAUGCCCCAACGGGCUACCACGACGAAGCUCCUGGCAGAAUGAAAGCGAUAUACACCGCAGGAUUAAUGGCGCGGAACAGGGAAGAAGGGGAGACAAAUGUGUUUGUACAUGACAUCAAUAGGGUGGUAGAAGAUCAAUUUUCUAAGACGUUUUUAUGUGAAGGUUAUUUGAGUGAAGAAGAAGGGAGGUUAAGGCAUUUUAUAAUUCCAAGUCAUAGGGCUCGAUCGGGUAGACCAUUUUGUCCACUUUAGAUGUAUUUAAUUGGUGUAUGAUUUCUUACACGACUAUCUUUGUAUUUUUCUAAUUUACUACUUGUAUUAACAUCUUCAGUUCUUUGUUACCUUUCAUUUUUUGAAAAUUGAUACAAAUAUAGCUCCCGCCUUUGGGCUAUACAUAUUAUUACGUCGA